CUCUUUUGAGAAAGAAAUCAAAUCCAGUCAUUAUCAACAAAUAAUAUGGCGUCGAAUUCUGAUAUACCUUUGGAAGGCUCAUCAGUAGAUCCUAAAUUAGAAGAACAAGCCCCCAUAGUUUCAGAAAUGAAAGAGGAAAACAACGCUACCCAGGACAAAGCCGCUGUACCACUCUGUACAGAGUUACAGAUCCAGUCAAUAUUAGCUGCUGCUGGUCAGGGGGUUGGGGAUGAUGAAGAAGAAGAUGCAAAUAAAUGUUCAGAGUUAGAAAAAGUUGACUUUAAUGUGAUAUUUAAAAAAGAAAAACAUGAAGUUUCAUUCCCUCUUGAUCAUACAAUCAGCAAACUGAAAUCUCAUAUAGAAAAAUUAACAGGUGUUCCAGCUACAUUACAAAAAAUUAUGUACAAAGGUUUAGCAAAAGAUGAAAUGACAUUGAGGGAACUGAAAGUUGUUAACGGUGCUAAGCUGAUGGUUGUUGGCUCCACAUUUACAGACGUCUUAUCAGUCAGUGCACCCACACCUAAAGAAUUACAAGCAGAAGAGAAAGCAUCAGCCAAAGCAGCUAAAGAGCCUUUGUCUGAACAGAAACAACAUAAAAAAGUUUUGGAUAAGUAUGGCAAGCCUGACGAUGUGCCUGUGGGUAUCAAAAACCACUCAGAGAGAUUACCCUCCGUACCUCUAUCUGGGAUGUACAACAAGGCUGGGGGCAAAGUUCGUCUCACAUUCAAAAUGGAAGCAGAUCAGCUCUGGCUAGGCACCAAAGAGAGAACAGACAAAAUUCCCAUGCAAUCGAUAAAAGCUGUUGUUUCUGAGCCAAUAAAAGAUCAUGAAGAAUAUCACAUCAUGGGGAUACAACUUGGCCCUACGGAAGCGUCAAGAUACUGGGUCUACUGGGUACCUGCGCAGUAUGUUGAAGCAAUCAAGGAGGCAAUACUGGGGAAGUGGCAGUUCUUUUAACACUGUGUGACUACUUGCUGCCUACAAGUGUAUUUAUGUACAAGUGUGGUUCAAAAGCACUGAAAGUUACAAGGCUAAGUGUUGGUUGAAUGUGUCUUUUAACUUUAAUAAAUUUUACUUUAUAUUUGGGGGAUGUUUAAUUUUUAUACAUGCCAUUAUGAAGAUAGGUGUAGCGGUUAUAUAAUUUCAACAUUUCAUUUGUGUUCUGAUUUUUGAGCUAGUUUCUUUGGUUUUGAAUUAAUUCUUUUGUUUACUAAUAACUGAAAACAUUGAUACACAUUAUACUUGUGUGAAUUCAACAUUUGUAUUAACUGAACCUUUGUUAUGGCUUUAAAUGAUAGUAUAUGCUUAUAUAAGUAUAUGUUGUGUGGAAUACAGUGGGUUGUACAGAGAACGUAAAUAGCACAUGAUGUUGGGGUUAAAUGUCACGGAUUAUGAGAUAUACUUAUGUAUUUUAAAGAACAAAGGAUACACAUGAGAAAGUUUGGGAUAAAUCAUAUGGAAGUCCUGAGAAUAAGUCUAGUAAUGACCAUAAGAAUAAAAUAUGAAAUACAGAAAAUAUGGGAUAGAUUUUGUUGAAUGUGAACAUAGUGAGACAAUAAACAGUACAUAAAAUAUGAGACAUUAUUACAUAGAAUCUGAGGUUCAUUAUGGUGAAGAUCUCAGGUUUGCAAAGAGUGAAUAUAACUAGUCUUUAAUUUCUUGUUUUGUUGUUAUACCUGGCAUAAUAGUUCAGGCCAUUGAAUGGACUCAUUUAUCUUCAGCACAAUCAAAUUAUUUGAUCAUUUAAAAAUACUUGAAAAUGUAAUUUUCUGUCUUAAGUUAAAUGAGUAUUAUGAUUUCAGUCAUAUAAGUUGAAACUUGUAUUUUACUCCAAAAUUGCAGUUUUGUAUUGUACUAAUUUGUAUAAUGUUUUAGUUACAUAACAUUAAUUUGGCAGGUGACAUGAAAUAUUUCUAUACUGCGUUGCCACGCUAGGUCUUAUCCAGCCUUCAUCCCUGAGUCUGAGGAUAAUUUUUUUUUAAAUGGGAAAAAAGAACAUUUUUUAUUCUUGAAUGUUUAUUUUAAUAAAAUGAUAUUGUUUACAUAUUGUUAAAUGACCUGUUUUAUAAUUCUUGAAGAUAAGCAAAUACUAAAUAAUGGUUGUGUAAUUGUGUUUUUUAUCAAGUUUAAAUUGAUUAAAAAUGUGCUUUAUACAGUUACUGCCAACAUUACACCACACUAUGUUAAUACACUGCAUUUAACAGACAGCAUAAGUUGGCUGAUGAUUUUUUGUUUUGUUUCAGCAUAGGGGGGUCUUUAAAAGAGCAGGAUUAGAUGAUGUAAUGUGUUUAAGUUUAAGCACUAAACACAAUACAAAUUUUAAUGUAAAACCAUGAGUGUUUAUCAUAUAAGAAUGCAAGCAGGACAGUAAAAUUGUAUAGAGAUUUGAGAUUAACGAUCUGUUUGUCGCGUGGCAGGGCUGUUAUUUAGACCAGGGAUAAGAUCAGAGUUUGUGAUAUUCAGAAAAAUAAAAACUUGAGAACAUCCUGCCAAAUUUAAUUAAAUAACCGAAUUUGUUACUCCCUUUAUUUUAAGUUUACCAAGACUCAUAGGAGCAGUUGGGAUAAUUAAAGUAUUUUAAAUUAAAACCUGAUCUAAAUGGGCUUAUGUUGGUGAAAACUGACAUAAGUUUAUCACAGAUAACAUAUAUGUAACACAACUGUGUGCUGUCUUUGUCCUACUUACACCUAAUGCAGAACACUAGCUGUGUAACACGCCCCACUACACAUGUAAGUGUAACAUUUUGUAAAUUGCAUGUGUAAGCCUCACUAUUUUUUAUUCAUUCACAUCCCACAGCUGAUCUUAAUAACCAUAUCUCAACCAUCAUUAAUUAACCUUUUUUUUAAACCUAUGAUCUGUAAGGUUAGAGUUGAAGCUGACCUUUCUGUACUUUUCAACCCACAUUCUCUUUGUUUUAUUUGAACUAUGUGUACCUGAGCCUUUGUUUCUCAGGCAGUACUUUGUUGCCAUUUUUAUUUUACUUUGUGCUGAAGAUGAUAGCUUUAUUUUUUUUCUAACUUUUUUGUCCCAAUUUGUUAUAAGCUUCUAAUAAUCUGAUCUCACUUUGAAGAAGACUUCUAAAAAAUAUGCAUUUUUUUAAAAAUUCCGUGUCGUGACCCAUGUCUUAUUCUGUUUAUUUAUAGAAUAACCCAUAUUUUAAGACCCUUGUGUGAUUGUACCCUGACCUUUGUUUGAUUAUUGACUGAACUUAAAUGUGUUUUUUUAACCUGUAGGCCCCUAACUCUAUUGAUGUUAUUUUUUUCAUGUGCAUAUCCACAAUACUGAACACUCCCCACCCCCAAGUCAAAGAUUCACAAGGCACCUUGUGACAGACCCCCCCCCCCCCC